AUGCAUAAUCUGGGGCAGGCAGAUUCUGUACAUUCAGUACAUUCUGGGGUGCAGAAGUGGAGGAAGCCGACACCUGCCCGAUCGAGCGGCCUCUUGCGCCCCCUGGUGGCGAGUGGGCUCCCUGCAGCGGCUAGACGAAGCCGCUUCCACUUUCGCUUUCGGCCGUCGCGAGUUUUCCCGGUCGAGACGGAUAAGAGCGCGCUGGGGCCGAAGGUCGGAGGAAAGAGGCAGGAGCUGGGGAGCGGGGAAGCCGCCGCCGAGGAUCCGGGAGAAAGGCAGACCUUGGGAGCAGAGAGGCCAGGGACAGCCGUGCUGCGAACCGCAGGAGCAGUCAGAACCCAACGUGACUUCCAUUACUCUCACCUUCUCUAUUUGAUUCUCUCAACAACAACCCUGCAAGAACACCCGGAUCUAUGGCUAUGGAAGAAUUUCAGUUCGCUAUUCAUCAGGGAAACCUCUGUGAAGAUGCUUCGGCUCACCGGGUGGUGCAGAAGCGAAGGCAGCUGGCUGCAAGUACUUUUAGCCGACUACUGUCACCUCAAGAUUGCUGUGGUGGGUGAGCCAGGCUCGGGAAAGUCCUCCUUUGUCAACAGCAUGAUAGGCAAACGUGCAGGUGAGCCAGGUGCUGCUGAGACCGGCAUCCAAACCACAACGGUGAAGGCCAAGGAUUACCAUCAUCCAACCAGCCUGCACAGGUCAUCCCUCUGGGACCUCCUCUGGGAGGAGGGAAGACUCAGCUUUCACUCUCCCCGCAUUGAGCAGGUGGAUCCUGAAACGCGGCUUUUGACUCUUCUUCAAUCAUUGUUGGGCUGCACCAGCGGCUUUUCCGGACCGGGUCCACUCCGACCUGGCCCACGAGAUCCAAGCGACAUAAGGGUGAGGACUUCCUAUUUUAGUGCGGACCAAAAUAGACAGUCUCACUCCUGGAAGAUCGCCCCCCAGAGACGGCUUAGCCGGCUCAUUAAAGGCUUCUGCGAUGAGAAGAAGGUCCUCCAACGCAUCAAAGAUGACUGUGUGACGAGCUUGCUGAAUGAAAAUGUGAGAGACCCCCAAGUCUUCCUGGUGUCCAACUGGGACCCCCAGAGCUAUGAUUUCCCCCUCCUGUGGGAAAAGCUGCAGAGCGACCUCUUGUGGCUGAAGAGGGAGGCUUUCAUUUUCAGCCUACCUUCCCUGGCCGCACCUGUCCUAGGAAGGAAGAUGGAAUCUGUGAAGAAGAAGAUAUCACUCAUUGUCCUCUACUCGUCACUUUUGGCUUUGCUCCCUGUGCCAGGGUUCUCGUUUGUGGCCGCCAUGUUCUUUUUUGUGAGGUUCCGCUCUCUAUGCUACCGAGAGUUUGGCCUGGAUGACCCGUCACUCAAAGCUUUGGCGGGGAAUAUUGGGAAGCCGGUAGCAUCCCUUCAUGCUGUGAUGAAGUCUAGAUCUCUAAUGCCGUUGAUUCUCUGGAGGGUUCCUGACCUUGUGGGAGCUGUUCUAAUGCUGGUCGAAUAUUGUAGGUGGGAUCGUUAUCCCUAUGCUGGUUCUUUGGUGUCAGGAGGCGUUUCGGUUUUUACCAGCUACUACAUGCUGCAGAGAUGCAUAGUUGCUGUUGCUAAAGAUGCCCAAAACGUCCUCUCCAAAGUUCUGGAGAAAACAUCAGUCUAGAAGACAUGGGUCUAGCAGCAGACGCAAUCAUGGCAUAGUCUGUGAUACUGCAGUUAGUUCCAGGAAGCAGAAGUCUGAGUUAGCAAAAACUUAGAUUUCUAAACUACAUGACAGACAACAGUCAGGGUUGUAGGCCUUAAAAAUUACUUAGUACCCAGGCGAUCUAAAAUAGGUUCCCAGAAAAAAGUGAUUUCUGUGACUCGUACAAAUUAUGGAAGCAGAGUACACUUGUACAGUUUCUCUUAUUUUGUAUAAAUGUGUUGAGAGUUUGCACACCAUGAUGCAAGUCAGUGAAACCCCACCUGUGCUUUCACAGAGACCCUUGUGCCUUCCGGCCAUCAGCCGACUCUCUAAUGUUGCCUUUGAUUCCUGUUUAAUGAGUGCCUCUUUUAAAAAGUCUGGUAAGGAUCUAGAAUUUGAGAUGGUAUUUUCAUAGUGGGGCGAGCAGUAUCAAACAGCUCUCCUUCGCUGACAGCUACCGCAAGUAUGGGCAAAUAAUGGCAUCCUCUAUGUCCCCAUUUGCCCCUCCCAAAGCUUCUAUGCCUCCCGGUGUGUGAAUAGCCCCCCCACCACCAUGUAUAAAAAAUGACUGAUUUGAAAGAAAAAAGCAACAGGCAUUGUUGAUAAAACAUCCCUACUGCAUUUUUAGUAACGUGAGAAAAUAUACGUUAAAAAUCACCAAUGUAUUUUCAUUCCAUAAUGUUACUUACCAUAUAUUGCAGCAUAUUGUUCUCUUUUUUCAGAUUGUAAUAUUUCUCAUUGUUUUUUUAGGAGCUGAUGCAAAUAAAAUACUUCUCAAAAUAAAAUUUGGAUCAC